CUCAAUUCUGGCGAUUCAAGUCACAAUCUCUGACCGUAUACAGAAUGGCCCCUCGUGCGCAUUCCAAGACCUCGCGUGUCCCUCGUCGACCCUUCGAGUCUGCUCGUCUGGACUCGGAGCUGAAGCUCGUCGGUGAAUAUGGCCUGCGCAACAAGCGUGAGGUCUGGCGAGUCGGUUUGACUCUGUCCAAGAUCCGUCGUGCUGCCCGUCAGCUUCUUACCCUCGACGAGAAGGACCCCAAGCGACUUUUCGAAGGCAACGCCCUGAUUCGCCGUCUCGUCCGUGUCGGUGUUCUCGACGAGUCUCGCAUGAAGCUCGAUUACGUGCUGGCCCUGAAGAUUGAGGAUUUCUUGGAGCGCCGCCUGCAGACCUGCGUCUACAAGCUUGGCCUCGCCAAGUCCAUUCACCACGCCCGUGUUCUGAUUCGCCAGCGCCACAUCCGUGUCGGCAAGCAGAUCGUCAAUGUUCCCUCCUUCAUUGUCCGUCUCGACUCCCAGAAGCACAUUGACUUCGCCUUGACCUCACCAUUUGGCAGCGGCCGUGCUGGUCGUGUCCGCAGAAAGAAGGCCAAGGCCGCCGAGAAGGGCGAGGAUGGCGAGGAGGAGGAGGAUGACGAGUAGAUGCAUCAUAAGUGUGCUAAUGACUCUCCUGCAUACGAAGCUGGUGACUGAAGGAUAUCACAAGCAGGAAAAAAAGGUUUCUCUUCCUAGCUUUCGGCGUUGGCCAAAGGAUACAAUGGAAUGAUUUAAAAAAAAAAAACUUGAAACGUAAUUGCCACUGGGAUUGGACAUG